CCUUCUCAAGUUGAAAAGCAAAACAUACCCUAGCUAGCUAGAAACAGAAGAAGCAACUCAAGAAUGGAGUCUACAAGGCUUGCCAGCUUACUACUGUGUGUUCUCUAUAUUCUGCAACUGCAUGCCAAAGGUGGCGAAAUGCAUGCAGAUGGGCUAAUAGCAACCGGAGAAAACGUUAUACCUGUCCAAAAGGAACUUUCUGAUAUUGCUACGGCUGGCGCGAGGAAAAUGAUGCUUAGAGACAGGAAAGUGAAGGAGAAUGAAGUUUUGAGGGAAGAGAUUGAGAAACAAAAGGAGCAGAAUGGAGAAACUUCAAGGAUAUCAGGAAAGAGUACUAAUUAUAAUACUUUGAAGAGAACUGGAAAAUCACAAGAUCAAUACGACGAUCAGAAGACAAUAUCGGAAUCAUCAUCAAGCUUAGGAGUUUCUGGGAAGCUGCAAGUCUCUGAUAAAAAUGUUGGUGCUCAUGAUCAUGAUCAUGAUCAUCCUCAUGAGAAAGAUGAAUCACAGAGACUUCUUGACGAAGCAGCUGAUGAGAUUGUGAGCAUGAUGCGCAAGGACUACAGGGGAAUGGGCCGGAAGCCACCCAUCAACAACCACAAGCCCACCGACUGAUCUCACACCUCAUCUCUUCAUAUACAUACAGUAGAUAGAGGUCGAAGAUUUAGGUUUUAGGCUCACAAUUUUGCCCCCACUAUAAGUGAAGUCUCCUAGCAGUGUCUAAAGUAGUAGUAUCAGCAAGCAACUGUUUGUUUUCUUCUUUUUCUUGUCCCCUUGGUGCCUGUUAGAGAGUAGAAACAUAUAUAUGCAUAUGUAUAUGUAUAUGUGUUUGUGUUGUAAAUCAAAUUUUGCAAGUUUAAUUUGAACCUUGAUGUAUGUAUACACUACACUGCUACUAAUU